UUCGAGAUGAGCACCCAGGAGCCUGAGCUCGCCGCUGGAGCAGACAAAGUGCCCUCGGUGCCUUCAGAGGUCCAGAAGCGCAGCGAAACUGCGGUUUCCGCCACCAGUCGCUGAACUCUGCCAAAAGCCGCGGGGGCGGGCAUACGUGGGCCAAUUCCGGGCCCGGUUCAAAGCGCCAAUCCGGGUGGAGGGACCGCAAUGCCUGGUGGAGAUCAGGAACCAGCGAGCUACUACGUGGGUGUAGAUGUUGGAACAGGCAGCGUCCGCGCAGCUCUGGUGGACCAGAGGGGCGUCCUUCUGGCUUUUGCAGACCAGCCAAUUAACAAGUGGGAACCUCAGUUCAACCACCAUGAACAGUCAUCUGAGGACAUUUGGGCCGCGUGCUGUGUCGUCACAAAGGAAGUUGUACAAGGGAUCGAUUUAACCCAAAUUCGAGGGCUUGGGUUUGAUGCCACGUGUUCUCUGGUUGUUUUGGAUGAGCAGUUUCAUCCUUUACCAGUAAACAAUGAAGGGGAUUCCCAUCGAAAUGUCAUCAUGUGGCUGGACCACCGGGCGGUCAGUCAGGUCCAAAGGAUCAAUGAAACCCAGCACAGUGUCCUGCAGCAUGUCGGGGGUGCGAUGUCUGUGGAAAUGCAGGCUCCUAAGCUUCUGUGGCUGAAAGAGAACUUAAGAGAGACUUGCUGGGAUAAGGCGGGACAUUUCUUUGAUCUCCCAGACUUCUUAUCGUGGAAGGCAACAGGUGUCACAGCACGGUAUGUUAAUUACAAGUUGUGA